AAGCUUACGAGUCACGACGGAGCUAGACGGUUGGCUGAGAGGGACCCGCCGGAAGGGCGACGACGUCGGAGUGGUUGGUGGUAUUGAAGCCGUUAUUAUUGCAGAGGUUGUCCAUGAAGCGGACGGUCACGCGUCGGCAGCUAACGGUGGGCCUCAAGAUACAAGUGGGUUUAGGCUGACCCGUUACAACGCUUCAAGCCAAAACACCAUAAAUUCAGAGCUACAUUUGAAACACCAGGGAUCCAGAAUUGUGUCUGAUGUGGCUGUCAUGCUUAGCCUUCCAGAACUACAUUAGGCAGUGGGUUAUUGGGUUGACCUAAAAAAUCUUCCCAUUGCUUCCAUAUAUCUUUACACGGUUUGGGAUCCAAAUAUGUAUUUUACACAACGCUACAAGUUUAAAAGUUUAAGAAAACCUAAGCUCAAAAUCCGACGGCACCCCGCCACCGCCCCACGGCCCGCCUACCACCGCUGCUGACGGCGCUGCCAACGGUGCCACGUACGGCCACCCACCGCGCUCCCGUCAGCCUCUCCCGCCGACCUCACCGGCGUCCGAGCUGCCCACCAACGCCCGCUGCCUGAAGAUGCAUGAUCUCCUUCAUAUGGUACACAAGGCAUGCAUAUGAUUCGUGUGAGCAUAUUUAAGGAUUAGGUUUAAGAACACGGCUGAUGUGGCACAAUUGCUUUUGUAAUCCAACAAAACGUGACAGCGACCACACCAUGGACGCCAUGGUAUCCUUCAUCCUCAUGAACCUGCUGUGCAACAGCGACAACUCCUACGCCCUCAACUCCACCUACCACUCCAACGUCGUCGCGCUCCUCGGUUCCCUGUCCGCGGACGCGUCCAACUCCACGGUCGGCUUCGCCACCGGCGCGGCCGGCCGCGGCCCGGACCAGGUGUGGGGCCUCGCGCUCUGCCGCGGCGACGUCAACGGCACCAGCUGCGCGUCCUGCCUCGCCCUCGCCCCGGGCGUCGCGUUCGGCAACUGCAGCGGCGUCAGGGACGUCUCCGUCUACUACGACCGCUGCCUCCUCCGGUUCUCGGACGAGGACUUCCUGGCCAGCCCGGACGACCCCGCCGCGCCGGUGCAGUACGGCCUCAACCUGGAGGUCAACAUCACCGGCGACCCCGGCCGGUUCGUCGGGCUCGCGGCCGACCUCGUCGGCGCGCUGUCCGGCUGGGCGGCGCACAACUCCACGUCCAGGUACGCCGCCGGGGUGAUGACCUCCGCCCAGGGGUUCACGACGACGGACUUCGCCGUGGUGCGCAACAUCUACGGGCUGGUGCAGUGCACGCCGGACCACGCACCGGAGUCGUGCCUGGGGUGCCUCGGCAGGCUCAGGGACGAGAUGCCGGCCGUGUUCAACGGCACCUCCGGCGCGCAGUUCAACCUGGUCUGGUGCAACCUUAGGUACGAGGUGUUCCCCUUCUACGACAGCAACCCGGUGGUGAAGCUCGUCGCGCCGCCGCCGCCGCCGCCGGCUCCGGCGGGUGCGUCUGGCCGGAACGACGCGAACAGGACAAGGGGAGCGGGAAAUGCAUCGUCAGCAGCUGCCGUCGUCCUCGGUGUCGUCCUAGCUGGCGUCCUUGUGUCCACGUUUAUCGUCUUCCUCCGGAGGAAAGCUCAAGUAAAGCAAUAUGCCGAAGAAGACGAAGAUUCCGGGUCACUUCUCUUUGACCUGACAACGUUGAGAAGGGCAACGGCAAAUUUCGCCGAAGAGAAUAAGCUUGGGCAUGGAGGUUUUGGUGCAGUGUACAAAGGGUUCUUGCCCGACGGGCGGCAGAUCGCCGUGAAGAGACUGGACAAAGCCUCGUCGCAAGGCCUGAAGCAGCUGAAGAACGAGCUGCUGCUGGUCGCCAAGCUUCGGCACAACAACCUCGCGAAGCUUUACGGCGUCUGCUUGAAGGAACAAGAGAAGCUGCUUGUCUACGAGUACCUGCCCAAUCGAAGCCUGGACACCUUCCUCUUCGGAUGGGAGGCAAGGUACCGCAUAAUCUACGGAACAGCACGAGGCCUGCUGUACCUUCACGAGGACUCGCAGGUCAAGGUCGUGCACCGUGAUCUCAAGGCCAGCAACAUCCUGCUGGACGCCGACAUGAACCCAAAGAUCUCCGAUUUCGGGCUGGCAAGGCUCUUCAGCGGCGACAAGACGACUACGGUCACGAGCCAAGUCGUCGGGACACUAGGGUACAUGGCACCGGAGUACGCAGUCAUGGGGCACCUUUCGGUCAAGCUAGAUGUGUACAGCUUUGGAGUCCUGGUCCUGGAGAUCAUCACCGGGAGGAGAAACACCGAUGCCUGCUUUGAAUCAGAGGUAGACGACGGAGGAUCAAGCACGAUGCUGAGCCACGUAUGGGAUCGCUGGUCGAAGGGAACGGCGCUGGAGACCAUGGAUCCGUCGCUGGACUCCCAAGCACCGGAGAGCGAGGUGCUCAAGUGCAUCCACCUCGGGCUCCUCUGCGUGCAGGAGAACCCGGCGGACCGGCCGGCCAUGCUGGACGUCCUCGUCAUGCUCCACGGCCAAACCUCGAGUUUUGCCGCGCCGUCGAAGCCGGCGUUCGCCUUUGGGCACGGCGAGACGUUGAGCUCCGGCGAAAGGCCUAAUGUGUCUGGAGGUCCAGGCAACCAAAGAGCACCUGCUGCUGAUUUCUCUGUGAACGAAAUGUCUGUAUCAGAGUUCCAGCCUAGAUAGACAGGUAAAAAAGACGGACAAGACCCUGGGGGGAAUUGUUCUUGUCGAUGUUUGGAAGCUUUCAUGCAAUGGUCUUGUUACUUUCCAUUUUACAAACCUCAGCAUUCAUUCAUUAAGAAAAACGAAUGUUCUUUUUUUCGAA